CAUGAGGUAACAAAGACUUCCCGCAUCUGCCCUUGUUUACACCUUCCUUCUUAAAACUUUAUUAACCACACACUGUGUACAGUUCCACACUUAAAGGUGGAUUUCACCCGGUCUCCUCACGGCUCUGCGUUCACAAUUGCCCCCCACCCCGGGUUAUGGGCGGGGUCCUGACUGCUGUUUUCUUAGGUAGCCUGUUAAAAUGCCCGAACUCAAAACACUUCUUUUUCCAAGAUGGCGUCGAUGAAGGACAGCGACACCGGCCUGUGGCUUCACAACAAACUAGGAUCCACGGACGAGCUCUGGACGCCUCCGAGCAUCGCUUCGCUCCUCACCGUGUCGGUUAUCGACAACAUACGGCUAUGUUUUUCGAGCUUGUCGCCGCCGGUGAAGCUGAAACUCCUGCUCGGGAUGCUGCACCUUCCGCGGAGGACCGUUGACGAGAUGAAGGAGGCCCUGUCGGAGAUAAUCCAGCUGGCUACGGUGGACUCAGAGCCCUGGGUGCUGAUGGUUGCAGACAUCCUCAAGUCCUUCCCAGAGACCGGCUCUCUUAAUCUGGACUUGGAGGAGCAGAAUCCAAAUGUGCAGGAUAUUCUCGGAGAGCUCAGGGAGAAAGUGAGCGAGUGCGAGGCGUCGGCCAUGCUUCCUCUGGAGUGCCAGUACCUGAAUAAAAGUGCAUUGACUACUCUGGUGGGACCCCUCACACCUCCCGUCAAACAUUUCCAGCUGAAGAGGAAGCCCAAGAGUGCAACCCUGAGAGCAGAGCUGCUGCAGAAAUCUACAGAGACAGCCCAGCAGCUGAAGAAGACAGCCGGAGUGCCUUUUCAUGCCAAAGGGAGAGGAUUGGUCAAAAAGAUUGACACCACAACUCCUCUCAAGGGGAUUCCCAAAGCCCCAUUCCGCAGCCCCACCACCCCCAGUAUGUUCAGCCCUCCCAGUAACCGCACACCUAUUGCUCCCGCACGGACGCCCCUGCGUAAGGAGCGGGGGGUCAAGCUGUUAGAUAUUUCAGAGCUGGAUAUGGUUGGAGCUGGAAGAGAAGCUAAGAGGAGGCGAAAGACUUUGGAAACCGAGGCUGGAGAGAAAGCAGCCAAAGAAGAAGCUGUGGUGGAAAACACCACACCCGACUACGCUGCUGGCCUCGUCUCCGCACAGAAACUGGGGUCGCUGAACGAGAAUCCUCUCCCGUCAACCAGCUACCUACCAGCCACACCCAGCAUGGUUCCCUCCUCGUCUUACAUUCCCAGCUCCGAGGCACAGCCAGCCAAUGCUGGUGGUUCGGGACGGGACACGCUGCAGGCGGCCCGUCAGCCAGAGGAGUCGGCGACAGCGACCACAGGUGCCAACGCCACCUUACCGGGCCAGUACAAGCAGAGGCCGCCUAUGUACAACGCGGGAACCACAGCAAACCCUGCAACUCCCACAUCCCCCAGCACACCGGUAUCCACCCCCGCCAGCAAUGGACCACCAGCAGCUGCGACAGCCAGCCAGCCAGAGACCCCCACUCAGCCUCCCAGCACACCUCAGACCCCCACCCCGACAGCAGCCCCUACGCCACCACAGCCACAGCCCAAAAAGAACCUCUCACUUACGAGAGACCAGAUGUACGCCGCCCAGGAGAUGUUCAAGACCGCCAACAAGGUCACGAGGCCGGAGAAGGCCCUCAUCCUGGGCUUCAUGGCUGGAUCCAGAGAGAACCCAUGCCCGGAGCAGGGGGACAUCAUCCAGAUCAAGCUGAGCGAGCACACAGAGGUUUUGCCCAAAGCCGACGGCACUGGCAGCACCACCAUGCUGGUAGACACAGUCUUCGAAAUGAACUACUCCACAGGACAGUGGACCCGCCUCAAGAAAUACAAACCCAUCACCAACACCUCCUGAGGCGAUGCGCUCGCUCAGGAAUCCCCACUUCAGACGUGUUUACGCACAGUUACAAAGUAUUUGCAUACACAUUUGGGCCAAAUCGAGCACGGGGAGGGUGAAAGAUUGUCAAGGAGAGAAAGGUUCUCCCUUUUGCUGCACCUCCAAAAUGUGGGACUCUUUGAAGACUUGUUUUUUUGGGGGGUUGUUUCCCUUACCCUUUUAUUGUUUUUAUGUCACUUCCGAUUUCUGAAUGAUGCUGUUGACAGGAGAGAGAUACGAGUUAUUCUCACGGCAGGCACCUUUGAACAUUUGUACUGAGGUACAAGCAUGUCACGUGUUUAGAAAGACGACGAGCCGUCUGUAUUUUUCUGUGCAAAUGUGACGUUUGCAGCUUAUUCUUCUACAUUUCAGAACCAAACCAUGUUUUGUGAUGACACAGAAAUUAACGAAGACGGUCAUUGUAAAGAUGAGAUGAAAUAAAGAAAAAGAACUAGUUCUUAAUGCUGUCCACUUCUGUUUUGGAGCCUUCUGGUAGAUGUUUAAUAAUUUUUCAUCCUUUUAUUCCAAAAGAAGGGAAGAAAAUAAAAUGACAGACUCCAGCAGGUGUCUCUCUUUCUUACUCACUUUGACCAGUGGGGGUUUAUUAUGCGUUUAACUUAUAUUACACCUUUAAACACAUGCUUAUUAAGAUAUCUCCAAUGAGACGGUGUGUGUCUCCAGUGUGGUUUUGUUUCAACAUUUAAUCUGCGUCCUUCCUGUGUCUGACUUCCUGCCCUGCUCAUGAGUACCUUGAUGUGGCUUCAGUCAACAAUAGAGUUAAUUUACCAACACGGGGCAGAGAUCUGCAUUUGAAACAAGUAUAGUUGUCUUUGUGUGUGGCAUGAGCAUUUCUCAAAGUCUUAGCACAGCAUGAAUUAGGCAGCAUGUGUCCUUCCACCUCAAAACGCAGAUCAUAACCUGGACCUAAAAACACCUGCCAACCAGUCCAAGCUUAAAAGUGAUGCUGGAGAAAGCCUGAGAGAGGAACUGACCACGACUUUAAACUGCUUCAGAAUAGUGUGAAUGCACUUUUUUUUAUUAAAUAUGUGAGCACAGGUCACCACAUAGGGAUCAAUAUCCCAUAAGUGAUCUAAUACACCAAGAGCAAAAUGUUUCUGUAAAUCUUGUUGCAGUGAAAUGAAAAUAUGAAAUCCGUUCACUUUCAUUGUUUUUAAUUAACCAACUUAAUUGUUUACUGAUUGUGAUUCAUGUCUUGAACUUGACAGAGAUACUGUAUUAAAAGGCCAAUUGCUGUCCUGUCCUGA